UCCAUCAUUUCCCCAAACUACCUCCACCUCCCCUUCAAGCCACCCCCUUUAAUUCCUUUAAACUCCUCUCUUUAAUUAUUCAACGACACUCACACUGCUCCGUAAAACACAAUAUACGUUCAUUGUUUGUUUUCAAGUUUUACUGUUAAAAACUAAAGAAAAGAGAUUCGUAUGGGGAACUGUCAAGCAGCUGAGGCAGCCACCGUGGUGAUUCAACACCCGGGGAACAAGAUCCAGAGGAUUUACUGGUCUGUUAGUGCUAAUGAAAUCAUGGGUUUGAAUCCUGGCCAUUACGUUGCACUCGUGGUUACCUCCCCGACUUUAAAGAACGAAAAUGGUACGCCGGUUAAGCAGCUCAAGCUCUUGAAGCCUGAUGACACUUUGUUGAUCGGCCAUGUUUAUCGACUCGUCAGCUUUGAAGAUGUUCUGAACGAAUUUGCUGCAAAGAAGUGCGUGAAACUUGGGAAACUGUUGAAAGAAAAUGGAGGGCUUGGGCUUGGCAUGGAGUUGAAGAGAAAGGAUUCGCCCAGAACUGCUUCCGAUAUGAACACUAAACUUAACUCGAAACCUCAGAACAACAGUGAUGUUAAGGUGGAGCAGGAAGUUAAUAGAGCCGGAAGCAGCGGUGGUGGCGGUAGGUACAUGGGCAGACAUCACGGCGGGGGUGGGCAAUGGAGACCAGCGCUGCAGAGCAUUGCAGAGAUUGGAAUUUGAAAUGCAAUGUACAGUUGCAUAUUGCAGGCUUCUUCUUCUUCUUCUUCUUCUGUCAUUCUCUGCCCCAUUGCCUGCACCAAUAAAAAGCAAGCAACUAUAUAUAUAUAUAAAAAGAAAAACCCUUCCUUUCACUCUUUCCAACACCUUCAUGGUAUGGUUAUCUUUUUGUCGUAGGUUUUAGAGAGGUAGAGUUUGUGUUAGAUGUAAAACCAUUUGGACUUUUAGAAGAUUAUAAAUGUAAUGAUCCUUUUGUC